CGGUGUCGAAGUAAAUAAAAUAAUCGGUGGCGCAGUAAAAAAAAAUAAUUCCAUUGUUUUCGUGAAAGAAAAAGAAAAUCUCAUUUUGGAAAAACUGUGCGUGUAAUCAAAAGAUUACAAAGCUAAAAACAAAGUGUCUGAGGCAGAGAUUGCGAAAUUAAUUUUUUAUUACGUGUUAUAAUAACGGCUUCAAAAUUGGCAAAAUACGGAAAAACAGAAAAAUGAGUUAUAAUGACAAGAACGAUGGGAUUACAAAGGAGGAGUGGAUACAGCGACUGGAGCAGUUCCCUUUCAAGCAGGCCGACAUGAAUCGUUUAAUUAUGAACUACUUGGUUACAGAGGGUUUUAAGGAGGCGGCAGAAAAGUUCCAAGUUGAAGCUGGUCUUCUCGAGCCUUCCGUUGAACUCAAUUCCCUGGACGAUCGCAUAUUAAUACGUGAAGCCAUACAGAAUGGUCGUAUACAGGAAGCCACACAUUUGGUUAAUCAAUUGCAUCCUGAGCUAUUGGAUGGGGACCGUCAUUUGUUCUUUCAUCUUCAACAAUUACAGUUGAUUGAACUCAUAAGGGUGGGCAAAAUAGAAGAGGCCUUGUCAUUUGCUCAAAGUCGUUUAUCUGAAGCUGGAGAAGAUAUACCUGAGGUGUUGUGCGAAUUAGAACGUACCUUGGCUCUCUUGGCAUUUGAAAAGCCACAAGACAGUCCCUUUUCAUAUCUUUUAGAGCAGUCCCAUAGACAAAAGAUUGCCAGCGAAUUGAAUGCUGCCAUACUGAAAAGUGAACACAGCGCCGAUUCUACGCCGAAAAUUAUGUUUUUAUUGAAACUGAUCAUGUGGGCUCAGUCCAAAUUGGAUGCCCGAGAGGUGAAUUACCCAAAGAUGAAAGAUCUUGAAAAUGCUCUUAUUGAUCCCAAGUGAUCAGAUUUUUUUAAUAUAUAAUUUUUUCGUAGUUAUUGGCAAUAGCAUAAAUAGGCGAUAGAAGAACGAAUCAUAGAAAAGAAUCAUAUUUAAUAUAUAAACAUGUACUUUAAAGAAUUCAUUUACAUUUUAUGCAACUGGUAGAUAUUAAUCUCUCUAUAUAUAACAAAAUAAAAAAAAUAAAAACUAGUAA